AUGGCAAUGUCGAAGCAGCAGCUUGCUGAUAAACUAGCGAAGAAAACUUUAUCAUUAGAUGAUAAGAUCAAGUUUUUGGAUUUCGCCAAAAAAAAUCCAGAACUUGGAUGUAGAAAACUAGCAGACAUUUACAAGAUUGGAAAGACAGCCGCAGCAAAUAUUUUAAGAGACGAAAAGAAAAUUCGUGAACAACAUGAAAUUUUUCGUGAGAAAACAAAAAAACGUAACCGCCAUGGCAAGUAUCACAAGAUAAAUGAGAUCUUAUUCGAAUGGUACAAAAGAUGUUGCGCUUCUAACAUCUACCCUAAUGGUGUAAUGCUUAAAGAGGAGGCGUUGGAAAUUAAGGAAAAACUUCAGAACAGCGAUUUUGAUAAUUUCUCCGCCUCUGACGGUUGGUUGGAUCGUUGGAAAACAACAUAUUCCGUCAAAGAACGUCGUAUUGUUGGUGAAGCUGGUGACGUUUCUACAGAAACGGUUACUUCCUGGAUGGAGAGGAUCAAAGAAUUGGUUGAAGGUUAUUCACUAGAAAAUAUUUGGAACAUGGACGAGUCUGGCUGUUUUUUUAAAGCUCUACCGGCCAAAGGGUUAGUGGAAAAAGGAAAACAAGCAAAAGGUGGGAAAAAGUCAAAGCUUAGAUUAACUGUCGCUUUUUUUGUAAAUGCAGCUGGGGAAAAGAUCGACCAGCCUGUUGUUAUCUGGAAGAGUAAAGUCCCGCGUUGUUUUAAAAAAUUGAAAGAUCCAUCGCGUCCAGCUAACGUUCACUACUUUUCAAAUCCUAAAUCUUGGAUGACAUCUCAAGUAAUGGAAACUGUACUGGCACGUUUUAACAGAAAACUUUUAUUUGAGGACAGAAAAGUUAUUCUUUUUCUGGACAACGCCACCUGUCAUCCGGAGUCAAUGAUAGGCCAGUUUUCACAAAUCAAAAUCAUUUUCUUACCGAAGAACACAACUUCAAGGCUUCAACCACUCGAUGCGGGGAUCAUCCAAAACUUCAAGGUGAAGUACAGAAAAAGACUGGUCAAAUACGUGCUUGCAAGGAUCCAGGAGAAUAAAUCUGCAACUGAAAUUAUCAAGAGCGUAGACAUACUUAUGGCUAUUCAAUGGGUUCAAGAUGCGUGGAAAGAAGUACGAAAAAGAUUGAGGAACUUCAGCUUCAAAAUAGAAAACAAUCCUCAAUCAAAGAUUAUUUCAAAUAGGGAGAAAAACGUGUAUUGA